CUUGUUCCGUCCUUUUUUUCUCUGUUUCCCAUAGAAACUGUGAAUCUGUGGGUUUUUCGCAAAUCCUCAUCGAAACUGUUUAUCCAUUUGAUAAAGAUAAAAUCAGCAAGUAAAAGCAAUGAAGAAGGCGAAGCAGAUUCAACACAUGAUCUCAAAGCCUUUCGAUCUUCUGUCGGAGGAGCUGGUCUUCAUAAUCCUAGACCUCGUCGCUCAGAGCCCUUCCGAUCUCAAAUCCUUCUCUCUUACCUGCAAAUGGUUCUACCAAGUGGAGGCCAGGCACCGGAGAUCCCUGAAACCUCUCCGAGCGGAGUAUCUUCCUCGAAUCCUGACAAGAUACCGGAAUACCUCCGAUCUCGAUCUUACCUUCUGCCCGCGCGUCACGGACUACGCGCUUAGCGUGGUCGGGUGCCUCUCCGGACCGACGCUGAGGUCAGUAGACUUAUCGAGGUCAUUCUCCUUCUCGGCGGCGGGGCUGCUGAGACUGGCGGUGAAAUGUGUGAGUCUGGUGGAGAUAGACCUGUCGAACGCGACGGAGAUGAGGGACGCGGCAGCGGCGGUGGUGGCGGAGGCGAAGAGCUUGGAGAGGCUGAAGCUGGGGAGAUGCAAGAAGCUGACGGACAUGGGAAUAGGAUGUAUAGCGGUGGGAUGUAGGAAGCUGAAGAGGGUGAGCUUGAAAUGGUGUGUCGGCGUCGGAGAUUUAGGAGUCGGUCUGCUUGCCGUCAAAUGCAAGGACCUUCGCUCCUUAGACCUCUCCUACUUGCCGAUCACAGGCAAGUGUUUGCAUGAUGUUCUCAAACUUCAACACCUUGAAGAACUUCUUCUACAAGGUUGCUUCGGAGUCGAUGAUGACUCUCUUAAAUCACUCACUCAUCAUUGCAACUCCUUAAAGAACCUGGAUGCAUCGAGUUGCCAGAAUUUAACUCAGAGAGGUUUAACCUCACUUUUAAGCGGGGCCAGAUGUCUCGAGCGCCUUGAUCUAGCACACUCUUCUUCUGUGAUCUCAUUGGAUUUUGCAAGUAGCUUAAACAAGGUUUCUUCAGCAUUGCAGUCGAUCAGGUUGGAUGGUUGUUCGGUAACUUGUGAUGGGUUGAAGGCGAUAGGGACACUGUGCAUUUCCCUCAGAGAGGUUAGCCUAAGCAAAUGUGUCACCGUAACUGAUGAAGGUCUCUCUUGUCUAGUUAUGAAACUCAAAGACCUUAGAAAACUUGACAUCACCUGUUGCCGGAAACUAACUGGAGUUUCAAUCACCCAAGUCGCCAAUUCUUGUCCUUUACUAGUCUCUUUGAAGAUGGAGUCUUGUUCCCUUGUUUCCAGAGAUGCCUUUUGGUUGCUCGGACACAAGUGUCGCCUACUUGAAGAGCUUGACUUUACUGACAAUGAGAUUGAUGAUGGAGGACUAAAAUCCAUAUCCAGUUGUCGUAGUCUUUCCUCGUUGAAGUUGGGAAUAUGUCUGAAUAUAACAGACAGAGGACUCUCGUACAUUGGUAUGGGCUGCUCAAAUCUCCGUGAACUUGAUCUCUACAGGUCGGUAGGAAUAACAGACAUAGGAAUCUCAUCGAUCGCGCAAGGCUGCUGUCAUCUCGAAACAAUAAACAUAUCAUACUGCAAAGACAUCACAGACAGGUCCUUGGUGUCAUUGUCAAAAUGCUCAAUGUUACAAACAUUCGAGAGCAGGGGAUGUCAACACAUCACUUGCCAAGGACUUGCCGCCAUUGCUGUUCGAUGUAAGCGGCUCACCAAGCUCGACUUGAAAAAGUGUCCUUUCAUCAAUGACUCCGGUUUGCUCACUCUCGCUCACUUUUCACAGGGCCUCAAACAGAUAAGCGUGUCGGAGACGGGGGUGACAGACGUGGGACUUGUGUCGCUAGCAAACAUAGGGUGUUUGCAGAACAUAGCGGCAGUGAACACGCGGGGUUUAAGCCCGAGUGGAGUAGCAGCAGCGUUGGUUGGGUGUGGAGGUUUAAGGAAAGCGAAACUCCACGCUUCCCUCAGAUUACUAGUUCCUCCUUCUCUUAUUACCCACAUGGAAGCUCGUGGUUGCGCCUUCCUGUGGAAAGACUAUAACAAUCAUAAUAAUAAUAACACACUUCAGGCGGAGUUAGAUCCCAAGUACUGGAAGCUACAGCUGGAAGAAGAUAUUGAGCUUUAGAAGAAAAAACAUAAUGUUGUGAAGAAACAUUCUCAAGGGGAAAGAGACGGAGCCACCAUACCGGCCAAGGCCCCAUUGUUUGGAUUUAGAAAGAGGAACUAAAGCUUGGUAUCUAUGUCGACGGCGCGUGUUGCCUCACACACAUACACGUAUAUCCAUCCUUACGUAUGUAUAUGGUUGUGACAUGGAUUGGUGGUUAGUUUGUAUGUAUACCCUUUUGUAAUUUCAUUUCCUUUUUUGGAUGUUAAAGUUAACGGACGUCACAAGAGAUUGAUUGCCUUUGUUCCUUUU